UGCAAGGAGACAGUAUUAACAGCACUGAAGAGCGAAAGUGUGUCGUAGUUCUUUUACGGCAGUGCUUGGGCAAGGUUUCCCUCCUCACAAUGCUGCUGUAUUCCUUGCUAGAGGGGCUCGACAUCCAAGGACUCUUGCUGUUCCUCUUAGCCUUUCUUCUGAUCACCGACUUCUUGAAGUACAGGAACCCCCCGAACUUCCCCCCUGGACCUUGGGCUCUGCCCUUCGUGGGGAAUGUCUUCCAUAUUGACAACAAACAGCCACAUAUUUACCUGACAAAGCUGGCCAAUGUUUAUGGUAAUGUCUUCAGCCUCCGGCUGGGCAGAGAAAAGACAGUGCUUGUGACAGGCUACAAAAUGGUGAAGGAAGCCCUGGUGACUCAAGCAGAGACCUUUGUGGACCGGCCUCCAAGCCCAUUGGCUGACAGAAUCUAUUCAGGAAAUGGCAAGUCUCUAAAUGGCAUAUUCCUCAGCAAUGGAUACAGGUGGAAGAAACAAAGGAGAUUCGCUCUUACCACCCUCAGAAACUUUGGACUAGGGAAGAAGUCAUUGGAGUCGGUCAUCUGUGAAGAGAGCAGAUUCCUCCAAGAAGAGAUCGAGAGAGAAAAAGGUAGACCUUUUGACCCUCACAUGCUCCUCAACAAUGUUGUCUCCAACAUCAUCUGCGUCAUGGUCUUUGGACACAGGUUUGACUACAAUGAUCACAACUUCAAUAUUCUGCUGAAGUUGUUGUCUCAUGCGAUCCAGCUGGAGGGCAGCAUAUGGGGCCAGCUCUACGAGGCUUUCCCGACUGUGAUGAAGUACCUUCCAGGACCACACAAUGACAUCUUCACGCACUACAAAGAGCUCUCCGCCUUUGUGAGAGAAGAACUGGAGAAACAUAAGGAGGACUGGGACCCAUCAGACCCAAGGGACUACAUUGACGCCUUCCUCACAGAGAUACAGAAUAAUAAAGGGGACCCUGCAGCCGGCUUUGAGGAGGCCAACCUGAUCCUGUGUAGUUUGGACCUGUUUCUCGCUGGGACAGAAACCACCUCCACUACACUGCGCUGGGCCCUGCUUUACAUGAUGAAGUACCCUGACAUAAAAGAGAAGGUCCAGGCUGAGAUAGACAGGGUGAUUGGACAGUCACGUCAGCCCACUAUGGCAGACAGAGCCAACAUGCCCUACACUGAUGCUGUGAUCCACGAGAUACAGAGGAUGGGAAACAUUGUGCCUCUCAACGGUCCCCGGAUGGUCAACAAAGACACCACACUGGGAGGAUACUUCCUUCCAAAGGGUACAUCAGUGCUGACAAUCCUGACCUCAGUAAUGUUUGACAAGACUGAGUGGCAAACGCCGGACACCUUCAACCCUGGACACUUCCUGGACUCCGAUGGGAAGUUUGUGAGGCGGGAUGCAUUUUUGCCCUUCUCAGCAGGAAAGAGAAUAUGCCUGGGGGAACAGCUCGCCAGGAUGGAGCUGUUCCUCUUCUUUGUCUUCCUGUUCCAAAAGUUCAGCUUCUCCCCUCCCGAGGGUGAAGAGUUAGAUCUGGAAGGACAAGCUGGAACCACACUGACACCACUUCCCUUCAAGAUCUGUGUCACCCCCCGUUAACCUGCCAUUUAAUGUGUGCUACAUAGCACGCUGAAAUCCAAGGGAUUUAUCUACUACGCUGUGUGUGUGUAUGGUGUAGUGCUUUAUAGUGGGGAUGACCAAUUUGUUUUGUUCUCUAUAUUGUUACAUAGCUCCAACACAUGAUAUCUACAUCACAUUCACACCAUCUCCUAAUAAACUAUUAUUUACUGCCAAUGUCAUUAAAAUUAAGCCAGGUGUGCAAGAUCUCAUUAAGAGAUGAAUCUACAAAUUUACAGGAUAAAAAUCACAAACUAAAUUUGCAAUGUUACUAUCAAAGUCUGACAGGAUGAAUGCAGGUGUAUUAAGGACAACUCUUGCAACUCUUAUCUUAGAUAAUCAAUUUGUCAGCAAAAAUAUGAAAUAUGAGACAGCGUAUUAACACUACAAUGACUUCACAUAGGAGCUGCAUAACUUCAUGGUUGUCAGUGUGCAUCUCUUCCUAGUAAUUUUUAGUGUUUAAACUAAUUCACCUCAGUUUUUGAUUUUGUCUGUCAUAAACAAAAAAAAAACAUUAUAUCCUGCAUAUUGUUUUGCAUGUAUUUCAUAGUCUUUGAGAAAUGUUUCAUGUGAUUAAAGCAUUAA